AAAAAAUCCUCACCUACCGUCUACCGUCCUCUUCUUUCUUAAACAAUUAUAUUAUUCUCAUUUCUGAAAUCUGAACAAUAGUUAACUGUUCCCACAAUUUUUCAUCAUAUCAUGGCAUUGACUGAUAGGGAAUCUCAUUAAAAGAUGCCUUGUCUAAAAAAGUAGUAUCUAGUAUAGAUAUAGAUAUAUUGAAGUGCCUCAAAAUUAUUUCAUGGUUGAUGUUACUGAAAAAUGAGAGUAAAAGGAACCUAUCUUCUCUUUUUUCUUUUUCUGAUCUUAGCUGGUUUAUCAUCUCAAGUUUAUAGUAUUUCUAGUGAUUUUUCAAUAUUAAACAGAUCAAAUGAGUUCAUAUCAGAUGAAAGUGUUUUCCAACUUUUCCAAGAAUGGAAACAGAAGCAUGGGAAAGUUUACAAGGAUGAGAAAGAGGAAGAAAUGAGGUUGGAGAAGUUUAGAUGGAAUGUGAAGUAUAUAGUGGAAAAGAACUCAGAAAGGAAGUCAGCUUCAGAACAUUUCGUUGGUCUGACCAAUUUUGCUGAUAUGAGCAAUGAAGAGUUCAGGGAAGUUCAUGGUUCAAAGAUAAAGAUACCCUUUAACAAGAGAAAUAUUAUUCAGAUGAAGAAUGUGGAAGAAAAACCAACUUCAAUUUCUUGUGAUGCUCCUCGUUCGAGGGAUUGGAGGAAACACGGCGCUGUCACUGAGGUCAAGAACCAAGAACGAUGUGGAGCUUGCUGGGCAUUUUCAGCUUGUGGAGCCGUGGAGGGAAUAAAUGCAAUAAUUACUGGUGAACUUAUUAGCCUUUCUGUCCAAGAACUUGUCAACUGUGAUAAUUCAACCAAUACUGGCUGUUAUGGUGGAUAUAUGGACCAUGCUUUUGAGUGGGUGAUCAGUAAUGGCGGCAUUGCUUCAGAACUUGAUUACCCGUACACAUCCUCUCAAGGCGCAUGCAAGAUCACCAAGGUGAACCACAAGGUUGUAACAAUUGAUGGAUACCGAGAUGUUCCGCAGGAGGAAACAGCCCUUCUUUGUGCUGUUGCUCAACAACCUGUCAGUGUUGGCAUCGAUGGAACGAAUGUUGAUUUUCAGCUGUAUAGAGGGGGAAUCUAUGAUGGAAGUUGCUCUAGUAGUCCAGAUGACUUGAACCACGGAGUACUAAUAGUAGGAUAUGGUUCCGAAGGAGAAGAUGACUACUGGAUAAUUAAGAACUCAUGGGGAACAUCAUGGGGAGUGGAGGGAUAUGGAUAUAUAAGAAGAAACAGUGAUUUGCCAUAUGGUGUUUGUGCCAUUAAUUCAUUGGCUUCUUAUCCUACGAAGGAAUUAUCUUUUGAACUAUCUCCUUAUCCAUCUCCGGCUGUUCAACCACCUCCACCACCAUUCCCUCUGCCCUCUCCCCCCCCCCCUCCACCACCUUAUCCUAAGCCAAGUGAAUGUGGAGACUGGUAUUAUUGUCCUGAAUAUGAAACAUGUUGUUGUGAGUUGUAUUUCUUUGGCAUAUGCUUCCGUCAUCAGUGUUGUCCUUAUGAGAAUGGUGUUUGCUGUCAUGGAUCAGACUAUUGCUGCCCAUCUGAAUUUCCCAUUUGUGAUGUUUAUGAAGGCCUCUGUUUCAAGAGGUUUGAUGAUGUUGUGGGAGUUGCAGCAAAGAAGAGAAGAAUGGCCCAAUACAAGUUACCAUGGAGUACAAGCAGUAAAGAAACAAAGGAGAUGGGCCAAACUCUGAAAUGGAAGAGGAAGCAUGUUGCCCCAAUGUUCUGAGUUAAAUAAUUGUUAUCAGGACAUUCGGAAUCUUGAAGAAUAAAUGUAAUUGUGGUUCUAACACCAAGAAUUUUGAUGAAUAAAACUUCUUAGUGAAACCACAAGUACAACUCCUUAAUGAAUCUUGCUUGUGCAAACAUAUGAAUUUCGUGAGAUACAGAACUAGAAAGAGGUUAUGUAGCCCGAAAAUUCGACCUGCCACACGCAUUAUGCCAGCAGCUGCACUAUACCUUCUGGUGAAGGUGGUUUUGGCUGUCUUCCAACCAUUUUCGUUUUAAUACUUGAAAGAAAAUGGUGUCUGUGGUGGAAGAUACAAAAAUUUAUAGAGGUGAAUCGUAAUUGUUUCUGGCUUCGGGCAGAGGAAACAUCUGAGUGAUUAGAUUGCAUGAUGUAUAUACAUAUUAUUUUCAGUAUAUUUGAUGGCUAGCAUGAUCUUCAAAUCCAUCAACACUUGGCAUGAGUUUAAGAAGAAGACUAUGUCAUUUGAGUUUUAUAUUGUGUACAUUCUUGAAAAUAUUUGUGGAAUAAUAAACUUGCAUGAUGAUUGCCUAA